AUGGCUACACUGCCCCUGCCGGUGAAGGUUUACGGCCCACCUUUAUCUCCUGCAGUGUCCAGGGUCCUUGUUUGUCUUCUGGAGAAGAAUGUACAAUUUCAGCUCGUCCCUGUCAACAUGGCCAAAGGCGAGCACAAAACUCCAGAUUACCUCAAAAUUCAGCCAUUUGGCCAAGUCCCGGCUUUUCAAGAUGAUAGCAUCAGUGUUUUCGAAUCCAGAGCUAUAUGUCGGUACGUGUGCGAUAAGUAUGCAAAUCAAGGAAACGAAUCUAUGUAUUCCAACAACCCUUUAGUGAAGGCAUCAAUUGAGCAAUGGAUAGAAUCCGAAGCACAGAAUUUCAACCCACCAAGCUCAAUCCUGGUUUUCCAGCUGCUUUUCGCCUCUCGAAUGGGUAUCAAACAAGACGAAAACGUGAUCAAAACAAAUAAAGAGAAGCUGUCAAAAGUGCUUGACGUUUAUGAGAAGAGGCUUAGCGAGAGUCCGUACUUAGCUGGGGAUGAGUUCACGCUGGCGGAUCUUUUCCACUUGCCUAACACGCAGUUUUUGGCUGGUGAAGAUGAGAUGUUUAGUACGACGAGGAAGAAUGUUGGCAGGUGGUGGGAUGAGAUCUCAAGCAGGGAGUCAUGGAAGAAAGUUGUUGAGAUGCAGAACCAAAAUUUCCCAGCUCCUAAGGUUUAA